GCCUUGUACACUUGAAGAUGCCAAACAAUUGGCUUAUAAUAGAAGGGAGCUUGUCUUUCUGAAUAUUAUAUUAAUAAUCGCUCAGCUUUAUUAUGGAUGUGUGAUAAAAAGCAUAGAUGAAAAGCUAUGUCACGAGAUUUUAACAGAAUAUCUUGGCCCUCCUUCACUAAUCCUCAAACCUAAUUUUCUCAAAACACCAGAAUGUCCCACAGGAUUAGAACUUGAUAUUUAUUACUCAGAAUAUGGCUUUGCAAUCGUACAACACGAAAAAUAUAUCAAAUUCUUCCAUAAUCGCGAUCCCAAUAAUUUUAUCAAACAGCAAGCGCGGGAUCAACUCAAGAAAGAAUUAUGCAAAGAGAAUCAGAUUGCACUAAAGUAUGUUUGGUAUUACGAAGACCCAUUUGUAGUUAUUUCAGAGCAUCUUCGUGAAUUGG